AACGAAACCGGAAAUCGCAGCUCUUUUGCUAAUUCCGAGUCUCUUCUCUUCCGUCUCGAUCCAACCGCCGUCGCCGCCAUCGACGUCGACGUGAACCUCACCUGCAUCCAUAUCUAGCGCCUAGGGUUUUAGAGAUAUGAACUGGAUUCAACGUAAGAUCUAUCUCUACAAUGUCACUUUUGGACUCUAUAUGUUGGAUUGGUGGGAGCGCUACCUUUUCAGUAUCCUUUUCUGCAGCUAGAUCUAUGGGAAGUAACGAAAUGAAGUUUGCUUAAUUGUAUCAUCUUAACCCAUUUGACAUCUACCCAACAAGAGAAUGAAGCAUGGAGAUUUUGUUGGUUUCCUAUGGUAGAAUGGUGUUGAUGUUAUGAUAUAAUAUUGAGCUAUCCUGUUUAUAGACUUUUGAGAUCAGAUACUUUGGUGAUCAUGUUGAUGUGGUUCAUUUUCUACAACAGCUCCCGAUAUGUUACUGAAUUUUGCAAGAGCUAUGCAGGCCUUACUUUCAAGCAAAGUGAACACACUUUCAACAGUUUUGGUGAUGCUACUUAAGGCGUUUAUCUUCAAAGAUAGAAGCAGGCUUGCCUUGAAGGAUCAUAGUGAAGAUUUUAGUAUGAAGUAGUUUUCGAUUGAAAUUGUGUUUGUCAAUAUAAUGUAUAUCAUUCUCGUAAGGAUUUAUUGCCAGCAUUUCAACUGCUGUUGUAGUAAUUCUUGGCAGUUUACUAGCACAAACGAGCUUCUGUGCUUCACUUGUUUAGCACACUAGCUACCUUCUCAUUUGCUAGAACCGAUCUUUUUCCACCCUUAGGGCUCGUUUAGCAAUGUUGUUGCUUUUGGUUUUUGUUUUUACUUUUUGACAGCUAACACUAUAUAUAGUUAUUGCUAAAUACUUAUAUGAGAAUUUUGUUUUAUAAUUUAAAUUGUAUUAAAUUGUAAAAUAAAUC